ACUCCAACCCGCCGUCUGAGUUCCUCGCCCGCUGAUGGGGGCUUCCCGAAUGUUCGUCCCAUCCGUGCGACGCCCUCCCACCGGCUCUCUUCUUCUUUUGGGUCUGCUUCUGUGGGUCGGGGCCCGCGCCUGCCCCAAGGUCUGUCACUGCACGGAGAGGAACGGCGUGGUGGUGCAGUGCACCUCGCGCAACCUGGAGAGCAUCCCGUCAGAGCUGCCGAAGGACACCGUCGUUCUCCUGCUGUCAUCAAACCGUAUCCGGCGCGUACCCAAGGAGGCCUUGGCGGACCUCCGCCGCCUCAGGGAGCUGGACCUGUCGCACAACUCCCUGGAGAGCGUGGAGGACGGCGCCUUUGCCGGCGUCGCAGACAGCCUGAGGAGCCUGGACCUGUCCAACAACCAGUUGAGCCGCCUCCCCAGGGACACCUUCACCAAACUCCACGCCCAGGUCCGCCUCUCCCAAAACCCCUGGCACUGCGAAUGCUCCCUGCAGGAGGUCCUGCGGGAGCUCAGGCUGGACCCAGAGACCGUCAACGAGGUCAGCUGCUUCACCUCCGUGCGGGAGGAGUACGUGGGCCAGCCGGUGAUCCAGGUCCUGGACUCCGGGAUCAACUUCUGCAACUUCCACCACAAGACCACCGACGUGGCCAUGUUCGUGGCUAUGUUCUGCUGGUUCUUCAUGGUGACGGCCUACAUCGUCUACUAUAUCAAACACAACCAGGAGGACGCCAGGAGGCAUAUGGAGUACCUCAAGUCGCUCCCGAGCACCUCUCAUGUCAGCAAGGACUACGACACGGCCAGCAGCGUGUUUUAGCGGGAAUACAAAUGAGUGGAAACCAAGGAAUGCUAAAAACGAGACCCGAUUGGGGAGUGACGGAUGUGCGGAAUGAUGUAUUCCACUCUACAGCUCCUGGAGGCGGGGCAGGAUUCUCACAGACCUCAAAGAGAGGAGA